AUGAGGUGGUGCUUAAUCUCUCCGUCGCUCGGGGGCUUCUCGUCGAUUGCUCUCGCCCCCAGCUCCAAUCUCAGCCAUGGCCUUGGGCGUACAAGAUUCAGUGCUGCAAGUCUCCGAAUUUGCGCUAAUGCUGACGGAGUGGAAGCCGAGGAGGAACUUAGAGUCGAUACCGAUGAACCGGGUUCUCCUUUCCCUUCCUCGUCGUCUUCGCCUUCUCCGUUCGGUAAAGACUUGAAAAAGGUGGUCAACAAGACUGCAGCGACCUUUGCCCCGAGGGCGUCCACGGCCAGUAAAAACCCAGCUGUCCCUGGAACUACUCUUUACAAAGUGUUUGAGGUUCAAGGAUAUGCAUCAAUGUUGGUGGGAGGGGUCCUCUCUUUCAACCUCCUCUUUCCCUCCAACGAACCUGACAUAUGGAGGUUGAUGGGGAUGUGGUCCAUUUGGAUGUUCACUAUUCCUUCCCUUCGAGCACGAGACUGUCCAAGUAAAGAGAAAGAGGCUCUUAACUAUCUGUUUCUGAUCAUCCCGUUGCUCAAUGUUGCGAUACCCUUCUUUUGGAAAUCUUUUGCCCUUGUCUGGUCUGCUGAUACAGUUGCCUUCUUCGCUAUCUUGGAUGGCUGGAAAGAUCCGAGUAGAGGCACUCGUGAUGGGAUGAGAGAAUGA